AUGGUCCAGAUCAGCGAGGUCAAGGGCAACAAGCGCGACAACCGGACGGCUGCGCAUACGCACAUCAAAGGCCUCGGCCUCAGGUCCGAUGGACGCGCAGAGACACAGGCCGGCGGCUUCGUGGGCCAGGCGUCCGCGAGAGAGUCAUGUGGCGUUGUCGUCGACCUGAUUCGAGCUCAUAAGAUGGCUGGUAGGGGAGUACUGCUGGCAGGCGGCCCGGGCACCGGCAAGACUGCCCUCGCGCUGGCCAUCAGCCAGGAGCUCGGCACCAAGAUCCCCUUCUGCCCCAUCGUCGGCAGCGAAAUCUACUCGACCGAGGUCAAGAAGACGGAGAUGCUCAUGGAGAACUUCCGAAGGGCCAUUGGCCUCAAGGUCCGCGAGACGAAGGAGGUGUACGAGGGCGAGGUCACAGAACUCACCCCGGAGGAGGCCGAGAACCCGCUGGGAGGAUACGGCAAGACCAUCAGCACGCUGCUCAUCGGGCUCAAGAGCGCCAAGGGCCAGAAGAAGCUGCGACUGGACCCCAGCAUCUACGAGGCGAUCCAGAAGGAGAGAGUCACCGUCGGAGAUGUCAUCUAUAUCGAGGCCAACACGGGCGCCUGCAAGCGCGUCGGCCGGUCGGACGCGUACGCCACCGAGUUCGACCUCGAGGCCGAGGAGUACGUGCCCAUCCCCAAGGGCGAGGUGCACAAGAAGAAGGAGAUUGUGCAGGACGUCACGCUGCACGACCUCGACGUCGCCAACGCGCGGCCCCAGGGCGGCCAGGACAUCAUGAGCAUGAUGGGCCAGCUCAUGAAGCCCAAGAUGACUGAGAUCACGGAGAAGCUGCGCGCCGAGAUCAACAAGGUCGUGAGCAAGUACAUCGACCAGGGCGUGGCCGAGCUGGUUCCGGGCGUUUUGUUCAUCGACGAGGCACACAUGCUCGAUGUGGAGUGCUUCACCUACCUUAACCGAGCACUGGAAUCGCCCAUCUCCCCCAUUGUGGUGCUGGCGUCGAACCGCGGAAUGUGCACAAUAAGAGGCACCGACGACAUUGUUGCGGCCCACGGCAUUCCUACCGACUUCCUGGCCCGUCUGCUCAUCAUUCCCACGGCGCCCUACCAGGCCGACGAGAUUAAGAAGAUUGUACGGAUACGGGCGUCGACGGAAGGCGUGUCCAUCAGCGACGCUGCCAUUGACAAGAUUUCGGACCACGGCGUCCGCAUCAGCCUGCGGUACUGCCUGCAGCUGCUGACCCCUGCCAGCAUUCUCGCAAAGGCCAACGGCCGUUCCCAGAUCGACAUCGCCGACGUGGCUGAGUGCGAGGACCUCUUCCUCGACGCCCGGCGCAGCGCGGCGCUGCUGAGCACCGAAGCUGGACGGGGGUACCUUUCGUAA